AGGUUAUAGCGAGCGUCCGGCAAGGAUCGGGUUUUUGUUCGUGAGUUACCGCGCGGGUGGCUCAGAUCGGUGGCGGCAGACGCGUUUCGUCGUUGCGGGCGGAAAGACGCGCAUUGGGCUUGAUACAAGUGGCGGCGCAUCUACCGCAGCUACCGUCUACACGUGAAUUCAGGCCGCUCACGCGUUUUACGUACGGUAAAGUGGACUCGAUGUCGAUAAUAUGUCGGCUACGAGCAACGUUAGGACGACACGGAUGCACAGGAUGGCCUGUCGGGCCGUUUGACGAUUAUUUAUGAAUUCACGGAAAGAUCUGAAGAGAGGGUAUUCACGGUACAAUUACAACAACAUCAUCAACAAUAACAACAUGGUGAAGGAGAAGGCGAAUUCAAUCCGCAUGUAUGACUCGGAGGGCUAUAGACGUAGGGCCGCCUGUAUCUGCGUCAAGAGCGAUCUCGAGGAUGAGGUAUUACUAGUUACAUCCAGUCGAAGACCCGACAGUUGGAUAGUACCAGGUGGCGGCGUCGAACCCGAGGAGGAACCAGCGGUCACCGAUCUUCGCGAGGUCCGAGAGGAGGCUGGCGUUUUAGGACAGUUAGGCCGUUGCCUUGGCACAUUUGAGGUUAUAACCCGUGAUAACACAGAGCACAAACACCGAACGGAAGUAUGGGUUAUGCGAGUGACCGAGGAGCUGCCGGAGUGGGAAGAUUCGCGCGCUAUCGGCCGGAAGCGAAAGUGGUUCACCAUACCAGAGGCCCUGCUGCAGCUUGGUCAACACAAGCCCGUCCAGCGCUCUUACCUACACAGCCUCCACAAUACCAAUCCACGACAUAAUCCCACCUCUCAGCUGUCUAAUCAUUCGCACUCCACGAUGGCGUCUAUCGAACUAAUGAAUAACUCUAGUAACAAUACCCAUUUAAGCGAACACAGCUAAUAUCGUCGCGGAUUAAACCCGUUUUUUAAUCCAAAAUUCGACCUUCAUGGAUUCUCUCCGAGCAAAAACUCGCUGUUACUUCUCCCUUCUUCCCUUAAGGGAAUUCACUAUGCAACUCUACUGUUGUGUUUUAUAUAUAUAAAUUGAUAUUAUCUAUGUGCUUAUCUUUAUCAUUGUAUUCUUAGGUUAAUUACUACGAUUAUUAUCACGUUUAGUCUUAGAUUGUUGAUAAAUCAGUUCGUGAAGGAGCAUCUUUUCUUUUUUGUAAUCAUAUUUCAUUUCUGAUAUGACCUUUUUUUAUUGAAUGCGCGAGAAGAGUGAUUAAGUCAAUUAUUUUAUUGUCAUUAUUAUUUAGUGUUUUGUGCCUAAUAUACGUAGAAUGCCAUACACGUGAUCCUUUUCCAUGUAUCGCAUAUCCUGUUGCGCGAACUUUUUCUACAUUUUGUCGAGGCGAAGCGGAAAAGUUGCGUUAUACUUGUUAAUAUACAGACGAUAAAUUAUGUACUUUGUAUAUUAACUUCUUGAAUAAAUUUUGUAAUGAUUUCUGCGAA